UGUGGGCUGGGCAUAAGGGGUGCAUUGCAGCUCCUGUACUUCAUGUUUGAGGCUAGUGAGGAACCUUGAGUUCUGGGUCCUGCCCUUGCCCUGUGCUUCGUAAAAAGCAGCGGGGCAGCACAAGGGUAGGGGUAGCAUAGGGAACCACAGCUCCUCCCAGUGCAGCUCCUGCAUUGGAGGGGACUUUGGGAGGAGGUGGGGCUGACGCCUGGCUCCGGGCUGCUUGCUGCACUCAGUCCCAGGGCAUGAGAGUGAGUGCUGUACAACUGGGUGCAUUAACCUGUCAGGCCGUGUGGCUUCUCUGGGCUCCGAUGUGAGCUCAGUGCACUCGGCAGGGAGAGGACCAGGAUCGUGCCAGCUUGCUGGGACUGCUGCUAACACCUGCUCAGGUUGGGGCUUCCCUGCUGGGGCUGGCUGGUGAAAGCCCUCACUUACUCUGGGUGGAAAUGACUUCUGAGAGGGACCGGAUGGAGCCAGACUGGGAUGCGAUUCGGACCCUUAACACCCUCCAGACUAAUGCUAGUUACCUGGAGCAGGUAAAGCGGGAGCGAGGAGACCCUCAGGUGCAGCUGGAGGCCAUGAAAGGCUUUUUGGAGCGAAGCGGGUUGAAGGUCGAAGACCUGGAUCAACUGAACAUCAUCCACGUCACUGGGACAAAGGGCAAGGGCUCAGCUUGUGCCUUCACAGAGCGCAUCCUCCGAAACUACGGCCUCAAGACAGGCUUUUACAGCUCUCCCCACCUGGUGCAGGUACGUGAGCGGAUCCGCAUCAAUGGGCAGCCGAUCAGCAAGGAGCUCUUCAGCAAGUACUUCUGGCAGGUGUACAACCGGCUAGAGGAGACCAAGGACCCUGCCUAUGCCAGCAUGCCUGCCUACUUCCGCUUCCUCACCAUCAUGGCCUUCCAUGUCUUCCUGCAGGAGAAGGUGGACCUUGCAGUGGUGGAAGUUGGCAUUGGAGGGGCCUACGAUUGCACCAACAUUGUCAGGAAGCCAGUCGUGUGUGGAGUCUCUUCUCUGGGGAUUGACCACACCAGCAUCCUGGGGGACACCAUGGAGAAAAUUGCUUGGCAGAAAGGAGGCAUCUUCAAGCCUGGUGUGCCAGCAUUCACGGUGCCACAGCCGGAGCGGCCCCUGGAGGUGCUGAGGGACCGAGCCAGGGAGAGCCCGUGCCCCCUCUACCUGUGCCCAGACUUGGGUGCCUAUGAAGAGGACAAAGUGUUCCCGUUGGGCUUGGCAGGUGACCAUCAGCGAUCAAAUGCCACCCUGGCCUUGCAGCUAUCACGGAUGUGGCUGGAGCAGCAGGGAUACCAAGGUAGCGGGGAGCUGAAGGACUUGUGGCCAGGUGCAGAGCCACCAGGGAAAAAGCCUGUACCUUUGGCACCCGUGUUCAGGCCCAGCAUUGCCAUGGUGCAGGGUCUGCAGGACGCGGUGUGGCUGGGCCGUACCCAGGUGCUGCAGCAUGGGCCGGUGACAUGGUACAUUGAUGGGGCGCACACCACCAGCAGCGUGCAGGCCUGCGUGCGCUGGUUCCACCAGGCUGCACUCAAUGAGGAGAAGCCCGUGGAUGGCUCUGAGGUCCGAGUUCUUCUCUUCAACGCCACUGGGGACCGGGACACGGCGGCUCUGCUGAAGCUACUGCUGCCUUGCCAGUUUGACUACGCUGUGUUCUGUCCCAACUUCACGGAGGUGUCUACGGUGGGGAAUGCAGACCAGCAGAACUUCACAGUCACGCUGGAGAACGUGCUGACCCGCUGCCUGGAGAACCAGAAGAAGUGGAACCAGCUGAUGGAGGAGAAGGUGGGCCAGGACCUCUGGCUGUCUGCCCCCUUGGUGGUGGAGGGGGUUGGUGGGCGGCUGAAGCCUGACCCCCUGCGCAGCCCCCUGCUACUUGUGCCCUCUGUGGAGCGCCCGCUCAAUGCCAACUCACUGGUGUUCCCUUGCAUCUCCCAUGCCCUGCAGUGGAUCACCCAGGGCAGGGACCCACUCCUCCAGAUGCCUACCACCAAGGGCCUCCAUCUGCACCCUGUGGCUAGCACUGGUGCUGUCUUGCUCAAGGAAGCCACCGUCAUCCGUGUGCUGGUCACAGGAAGCCUGCACCUGGUGGGUGGGGUCUUGAAGCUGCUUGACCAGUCACUCUCGCAAUAGAGACUGCCGGGGUGGUGCCUCUGCCCUGCCCUUCGUUGUUUACUUGAAUAUUCCUUGGCACCUUGUUCCAGCCACUCCAGGGAUGCUGGUGACCAAGCCUUGGCCCUGGGGUAGAAGGGGCAGGCUUGGGCCAGCCUCUGGGAUCUGAGCCACCUCCUUGCUGUGUGGUCCGCCCUCUAGGCAAAUCCUUUUGCCCCAAGCAGCAGGACCUGCUCCUAGGGCUGGAGUUGGCACCCCUGACUUCCACAGCCCAGAACUGGGGUUUUCAUGCUCAGCCCCUCAUUUGCUGAAGUGAGAUCCAUGCCCUCAGCAGAUCCAGCCUCCCCUGGGAGUGGGCUCUGGUUUGGAGACCCAAGUGCUGGAUCCUUCCUGCCUCAAGGCACCUGAGGGGGCAGGCCCUUGUCUGCCAGUCUCAUUGCCACUGCUCUUCUCAGUUUGCUGGCAGAUCUGUGCCUCUGCCCUCCCAGGAACCAAGAGCCACUGGCACUGGGCCGUUCCUUCCCCAGCUUGCCCAAGCAGGUGCAGGCUGGUAGAAGUCUGUCCCUGUCUCCUGGGACCAACUCCCUCUGUCCUCCCCACCCACUCCAGCUCUGAGCAGCAGGUGGGGAAAGGAGCUGAUUGGGGUAGGUUUGCCUGCUUUUCCAUGCUGGACACUGAAACCUGGGAUGGUGGAGAGUGCUGCUUGCUAAAAAGCAGGAGUGUGAAGGGAAACUCCCUGGGAGAGAGUUGGCAUCCCCAGCUGGCACGUGGCCCUCAGUGUGGGGCACCUGCCACCCUAGGCUCUGCUGGGCCAGCCCUGCCACCACUGCCUGGUGCUUAGGGGGUCCCCCCCACCCAUCCUUAGUGCCUUUGUCUCCUCCCUGGAUUCACCUCCCUAAAGCCUGAGCCUAGCUCAGACCCUAGAGGGGCUCUGCAGAGGCCAUUAGUGCCACUGUGCGUCUUAGGCUUAGAGCUGCCUGGGGACUGGCCUUGUUCCUACCCAUGGGGAAGGGAGGGGGUCUUGUGCAGCAGGCCCAGCUCCCCCCAAGCCAGCCCCAUUCCUGGUGGGAUUUGUGUGCUGGCAUGAGGCUCUGUGCUGGCAUCUAACCCUCCCCUCCUUCCCAGUGCAGGGCAGUGUGGUGCAAGGGCAGCUCUGGAGGCAGUGUGCUGUGUGGGUGCUGACCCUGCUGGCGCCCCGAAGGGGUGGGAAGGGCCUUCACUGUCUCCGCUGGGUAGUAAAUAUGAUGGGGGCUCUGGCCUGUGUGGGGCUGGGCUUGGGAAGGGGCCAGACUGCCCUUGCAGUUUAGGAGCCUGCCUGCUUUCCGGGCCUUGUGCAGUCUGCAUUGUUCAAGCAGGGGCUGGCUGCCUGCCUGGAGCCCAGGCUGACCUGUGCCUGGGCAGGCAGCGGCUGCAGGGAGUGCUGGCUUGGAGGAGCUGAGCUACAUCUCUGUGGGGCAGAGAUUGCAAAGCUGGAGGCUGAGCACUGCUUGUGUCCCCACAGCAUCACUUGGGCUCCCCAAGGGGGCAUGGCCUAUGCUAAAACCACUGUGGUCAGGUGCUGAGCUCAGUCUCCCGUAGAGGUCAGAGGAACUUGGCCUCUGGGCAUAGGGCAGUAGUGCUACAGCUGCCCUAGACUAGACAAGAUGUUGGAUGGGGCAAAGCAUGUUACCAGGGCCUGCAUUGGCAGGGCUGUGUGAGAGCAUGGGGGUGCUACAGGGUGCGUGUCUGCCACUGCGGUGCCCAGCUCAGCCAACUGCAGCACAUUUUGAAUCGGUGACCAGCAGAGAUGUCUGUUCACUCCACUCUGUGCAGGGGCUGACUGGGCUCAGUUUGGACAGAGCCCAGGAUGGAUCAGGGAAUGGACCACGCAGUCGCAGUCAUUUGCUCUUGUGGCUAAGUGUGAUGCUGGCUAUCUGCUUCUCAGGGUACUGUCUUUGAUUGCAGCCAGCCUGGCCUGGCUUGUCAUUGGGCUGGUGUGUGGAGCUGGCACCGAGGCGUCUAAUGGUCCAAGCUGGCCUAGAUAUGUUCCCAGUGUGCUGUUACACCAGCUUCUCCUUGUCAGUUCAGCACUCAGCAGCAAGGGCCUGCAAAGAAGGUUUCCCUGCUGGCUGUGCAGGGAGGUGGCUUUCGUGAUGGUCCAUGCCCCUGCCUGCUGACGGUUGCUGCUGCACUGGCUGUGCUGGGAGCUGGGCUGUGUUCGGCCCUGGGUGGCCCUCAUCCCCCAGUAUGGCUCUGUGCUGAAGCCACCUGUGGCUCGGACCCAGCCGUCUGUCUGUGGGCGUGUGCCCAGGCCUCUGACCAUCCCCCUAGUUGUGAUGGAUCAGACUGCUACAGUCCCGGGGACCAGUGUGCCAACCUGCCUAUCAGCUGUGACGGGCUUCUGUCCCCUGCCAUGGUGUCCUGGUGCCACCACGUAUUUGCCCCUUCCCCUCCAGCUCCAGUAGUAACAAACUGCCAACACAUGGGACUUCCUGCGCUGCACCCUCCCCUGCCCUUGUGGGACGUGGUUAGGACACUGUCAUCUGAGCUACUUCUUUUGACCCGAGCCCGCCUGCUCCUCCUGUUUAGGAACAACGUUCAAGUCUACUCCCCUCGUAGACCUCUGCAUUGGAGCAGAGCAGGGCCUAUAGGCACUAGCAUAGCACCAGGAGCAGUUUUCACCUGGGCCCUGGCCCAACGGUAUUGGUAGUGUAGUGUGGCCUAGUAAAGGGCUGUUACAUACAGGAUAGAUCACAGGCACCAUGCAGCAAUUGGUGCGGUCUUCUUUAUGGGAGAUGCUCAGUGCUGCCUAGAGUGGCUGUGACAGGAAAUACCUGCUCUGGCUGGAGGUUCGGAAGGACAAAGGAGGGAGAGCAGGGUCCUGUAAAGAGCAGGGUCUGUCUUUGCACAGGUGCUCUGAAGGGACGCCAAAGGCCAGAGCACCCUGGUUUAUGCAUAGCAGCUAAGAGUUUCAGAGCUGAACAUAACCCCCCUUUUUUUUUUUUUUUUUUUUAUAUA